AUGGCGGCCGACGAAGUUGUUCGAUGGAGUACAGUUGUUGGGGAAUAUGCAGUUCUCCUGACUGAGAUGGGUUCAAUGGAGGAUCUGUCUACCCCUAUAAAGGCUUAUCCCAGAAUAAAGGUGGGAAUAGAUAACAAUUAUUGACUUAUUUAGCUCUAGUUGCGCUGAUGUUUUUGCAAAUUCAAACGAAACUUAGGCUUACAUUGUAAGCUUACAAGUGCAGUGUACCUUGUAGCUUUUAGCUUACUACAAAAAAAGGGCCUGCAAGGUUUACCGUAAAAGAACCUCCUAACAAUUAAUCCAGUCGAUCCAUCAAGAAAAUCUGAAGAGCAGAUGGAAAGAGCUGUCCUGAUCGAACACCACUGAUAAGCGAAGAAAUCAGUUCAGUUAAUUAAUAGAUGAUGGCUGUUCGGUACUUUUGGAUUCUGCAUGUAUCGGUUUAGUACAGGUAAUCACAUGAUUUCGAGUGCAAUUUGGAAUAAAUAAGCACGAGUAAAUUUUUCAAAGAGCAACAAAAUUGCACAAGCCAGUAGGGCGAGUGCAAUUUGUGGUCUUUGAAAAAAUUUACGAGUGCUUAUUUAUUCCAAAUUACAUGAGAAAAAUCAUGUGAUUACCUAUUAAUAAUAUUCAUGAAAACAUUGCGAGAUAGCUUUAAAAUCACUUUGAUAGCGAGUCAACACGCAUAAACCACGUGCAAAAAUAAAUUAUUCAAAUGCUGCAAAUAUCAUCACACGUACAGUGAAAACAACAUUUUGCUCGAUGUUUUUAAAGUUUGCAAGCUGCAGAAACGGGCUGAACAGUUCAUGGAAUUGUUCAAUGUGUUUGAAUUAAAGAUUCUGGGUUAUUACCUCGAGUUUUCGGCUCCUCCAGAGAAUUUCUUCUACCUCCUCUGAUACUUGCCGAGCUUAGUUUGGCUGCUUACCACGGCCAGCCAAGCGAAGCUGUUUCACUUUGUCCUCCAACACCUCUUUGGACGAACUAAAUUCUUGGUCACAUACAAUGGACAGGGUGCAGCCUUUGUUCUUUAAGUGUCUAUCAAGCAAUGCCAUCAUUACUUAAAGGCUUUCUGGUUCAUAAUCUUCACCUUUUUUAUUGUUUGUCUUUGGCGUAGAAAUGCUCGAGCAAAGUGUUAAGCUCAGCCGGCUCGUAAUUUUCUAUUUCAUGAGUAAUUUCCUUAUCUACACACCAAUUCUUUGAAACAGAGAGCCAAAAACCAGUGCUUUUCGCAGUGUUUUCGUUUUUAGAGCAGUUUUCAGCUCCUCUACAGUUGUUUCGGUCGCAAAAGCAAAUGUGCCGCAAAUGCCAACCAUUGCGGUUUUUGCUCGAAACUGGUCCGGAGCGGAUCCAAAUUUUGCUCCAUUUAGAUGGCACAUUUGAUUGGCUCUCAGUGAGUUCCUUUGUUUAUUAGCCAAUCAGAAUGUCACGUUUGUGACUCUUUUCUGCACUAAAUUACCUUUUUUCUGCACCGUGUUACCUAAGAACUACAUUUCUCUUAGCCAAUCACAAUCGAGAAAUUUUUUCAUGUAUAUUAUUAUACAAGAAACAGUACAGUACAAAAUGAGACAUGACUGUUUUUCUUUUGUCUUUUACCUUUUGUUAUUGCAUUUAGAUAUUUGAGUGAGUAAUAUAUUUAUUAAUACUUGGUGCUCCGGCACAGUGCCCAAGUACAGUAAUUAUUAGUCUCUAAUGUGAACACCCCCCAUUUCAAGAUUAUUACAAAGUGCAACAGCUUAUUUUAUUACAAAGUGCGAUGGUCUGUUAUUAGAAAGUGCGACAGCUUUUUUAUUACAGUGUGACAAGAUAGUACAUUGUAAUACAAAGUGUGACAAUUUUAUUAGAAAGUGCGACAGAACAGACACCACACUACAGGUGCAUUGUGUGUAUUAUCGAUGAGAGCUUAGAACUUUUUGAGGAAGUGGAUUAAAAUCCUAAAAUAAAGCACAGAAACACUCAAAAUUCAAUUUUAUUUGAAUAAAAUUUUGGUGACCCAUACAAGAGAUAUGGCCCCAGUUGUUCAAAAGCUGGAUAGCACUAUCCACCAGAUAAAUCACUAUCCAAUGGAUAAAUAUUGGGGAAACCAAUGUUAUUGCACUAUCCAGUGGAUAUAGUGAUAAAUCCAGUGGAUAGUGCUAUCCACCUUUUUAACAACUGGGACCAGGUGAUUUAUGCUGCAUCCAAGAGAGAUUGCUAUAAUUAUCAUAAUAUGGGAUGUGCAAUAUUUGCUGAAGAAAAAACAAAAUGGAGUCCACGAUGGCAUGUUCUGGACCAUUCUUUUAUUUAACAAUCAGCACAAAAUAGUUGAACCUAGAUGUUUAAAGUACUAUUGUCUUGAUUCUUGUAGUACACCUGUAUGACAGUUUCCAGGAAAUAUGUGGCAAUGGGAUCCAGCACUGGAGGGCUUUACGUAUUUGACAGGAAGACACUUCAUCAUCCCAGGUUCAUAAGUAACAAGGUACACUUACAAUGUCAGACUAUGCUGUCAGGGAAAUUGUAGAGAGGAAAGACUCUCUGAACCUAUGAAAUCCAGGGUGUACAACACACAAAUUUUUGUGCAAAAAAUAAAAACUUCCUUUAGUUAAUAAUUACCACUUAAGGGUAAAGUAAGUCACCAGGCUAGGGAUCAGUUGAUACUGUGAGAUCACAUCCCCACAGACUACUUAAAUAUGUAUGCUUGGUGCAUUAGCUCAUUCCAACAGGUCUUUCAUGUGCAAAUGACAGGGUUAAUAUUGCCAUUCUGUUGAAUUACAUGUACAGAUCAGACAUAUCUGCAUUUGUACUACUACAUGACAAAUUUCUGCAAUUUGAUUGGCUUAGAGCAGUGGCAUUUUAGCUUAAUUUGAAAUACCUACAUGUGAAAAUUACAAACCUUUUAGGGGUAGUAGUAUAAACAAAUAAUAGCAUGAUUUGUAUGUGAUAUUUGGCAUAAAUACCACUUGUGAUAUUUCAAAAUUGUCUCAAAUUUCACUCGUCUAAUGGCUCGUUAAAUUACAUAUAACAAUUUUGAAAUAUCACUCGAGGUAUUUAUGCCAAAUAUCACUACAAAUCAUGCUAUUACCUAUACAAAUUACACUCCUUCAAAUACUUGCCCUACUUUAAAAAUUAGAUUCCAAAUUGAAAUGCCUAAGAAAACCUGUGUUCUGUUUAUUUUUUGUGAUUAUAUUGUUAUCUGUUAUGAUUAGAGAAAAUUUAAAAAAAAAAAGUGUACAUAUAGAGUGCAUCUUUCAGUGCUGUUCAAAGUAGAUUUCACAUCUCUGGUGGAUUAGCUUAUGUUAUUUCCCAUAGGAUGAUAGAUUAAAUAACUCACAUAUGUUUUGUUUGGUACAUGUAGGAUGGUCCAGUACAUGCAGUUUGCUUUGCACAACAUCGCAGUCUUUUAGCAGUAGCAACCAGGUAGAUCAUUGUAAAUUUUGUUAGCUUUAAGGGGAAUAAUUUGUUUUUGUUUUUAUUAUUUUUUUGUUUUUAUUAUUUUUUUACUAAACUGUGUGUCUUUUACUGUUUUCUGCUAAGUGUUGGCAUUGUCCUGAUAUGGGAAGUCAGCACAAGACACAGAGAGAAACCAAAGGUCUGUCAGAUACAGUGUAAUUUAUAUGGCAUUAAAGUAAUACAUGCAUUAUUAUGAUUUGUGUGGUUAGUUGCAUUCUAUAAAUUUGUAACAUGAAGAUUAGAGGAUAUUAUUUUAAGUGCAUUUUCUAGUUAAGGACAAUGAAAUAAUUUUACUGGGUAUUACCACUGUGUAAUGUGUGGAUGUUUAACUAUACAGUUAAGCCUCUACUAAUGGUCACCUUUCCACAGUCUUGGCCUACUAUUUGUCCUGGCAGACAAUCCAUACAUGUACAUGUAUUCACUCUUAUGUUAACCAUUCUACAGAGGCCACCCCUGUACACUAACAACAGCAACUUAAGUGUGUCCACACAGAGAUCUAUCUUUGUGACAAUAGGACAAUCCGGCAUGACUUUUGGAGGGCAUAUAGUUUAUUUAAUUGAGGCCUGAGUAGCAUCAUUUGUGCCCAAGUGGAGCAUUGGGUGCAAAUUAUGGUACAAGGGACACAAAUAAACUAUAUGCACGACAAGUCAUGUGUUUAUCAUUAUUAUCAAUACACAAGGCCAAAUCGUACAAAUUUAUUUCAUAAGGAAAGAUUGUUAACAUGAAAUCAUGUUGCAGGCAGCAAAUUCCAUUUACCGCCGGCACCGGCUUUGCUGUUUGGCCUGUGAAAAGGAGCAUUUUAGAGAGGGCAGUUUGUCAUUUGGCUGCGUGUAGUGAUAGUAAUGGCCAAUGACAGUACUUCCCUGCAGUGGAAUGAGUUGUCUAAUAUUUUCCACUAUGCUUAUUAUGUAGCUUAUCCGUCGAUCAGAAGAACACAAAAAUAGUACUGUUACUGCACUGUGCUGGGAUGAUGAGGAGGGUCGUCUUUUUGCUGGUGACUCAAAGGGUGUGGUCAGUGUUGUACAUGUCCCCCCAGCUAACAAGGUAAUCUUCCUUUUUGUUUGUCGACUGACACAACAGUGUUGCACUUUCUGGAAAUUCCGAAGGCAUUGUUGAGUUUUGAACAUUAGUUUAGAAUGUAUUAGGCUCUUUGCAUGACUUGAUCACGUGAUCAACUUUCGGUCAACACGAAAACAGUUCACUUUUGAAAUUUUUUGUUAGCACAAGCUUAAAGAGCAUAUUAAAAUUAGGUAACCUGCGAAUUUUCAGCCAUAUAUCUCAAAAGUAGCAAUUGCAAUGGCCGACGAAAGUUGGAAGCAUUUUUAUGAGAAAAACAACUUUUGCCAUCCAGUCACGCUUGCAAUGGUUUUCCAUACAAAUCCUUGUAAUUUUGAAAUUUUCAAAACUGUCAUGAAAUAUUUCCUUAAGCAUUACAGGGCUCGGAUCUCCUUUUAAUUCAUAAAGGCAAUUUGAGCCCUUAAAUGCGUAAAAGAAAGAUUUAAAGACAGUUUAAAAAUUUGAGAAUUUACAAAGAUUUGUAUGGAAGUCUGUCAAAUACAUAUAAUUGUACUUGGAAGAGUGCUUUUUGGUAAUAUGUUUCUUAUGAUAGCCAUCAAAAGUUCAAAGUGCCCUUAUGAAUAAACAUUCACCAAGAAUAAAGUACCAGAAAUAUGGAUAACCCAGCAAAACACGAAGCACUAUGUCUUUCUUGAUAUAAUGAGAUUACUGCUUUUAAUCCUGGACAACAUAACAGUGCACGUUAACUAACAGCUAUGUUUGGUAGAAGCUUUUGUGGAAUAUUUCCCUGCAAGUCUACUGGAGCAGACAAAUAUAACUAAAUGUUAUAAUUGCAUAUCAAAAACUUUCAAAUGAUCUGAACAGUAUUGUUUUCUUUUCAGUCAUCUUAUUCUGUAAACAAAAGCCUACCUCUUCUUCACAACAGUAGCAUUGUAGCAAAGGCACACACUGGAAUUGUCCAGUUGGAUUGUGCUGGUGAUAAGCUUCUGGUGUCGACUAUGAGCAAGAGUGCUGUUGUGGACUUAAAAAGGUUUGUUUCUCAGCUUAGCAUCAAAGAAAAACUGCAAAUGCCACUUUUCAUACUGCAAGUUCACCAUAGUUGCUGUGAACGUUGCAAAAAUGUGAAUGCCAAAAAUUUUAUGGUCUGGAUAAAAAUUGUUAUUUUGUUGCAAGCAGAAAGCCAAUAAGGCUUGAGAAAACUAAACUGCAAACAAGAACUUUAAUUACAGGGUAACUUGUAGUUUUGUUGUUUGCUUGCGUGUCCUGAGUUUAGUAAUAUAAUGUUGUGAUUUGUCACUACACAUUCAAUCAACGUUCCUGAAAUUUUUCAGGUGCAUGUUCAUGGUUUUGGAGUUUGACAAUAAAUCUGUCAGCAGAAUCUAAAAAUUGAAUUUAUUUCACUGUCAGUGAUAUUGCUUUAUACUCAAAUCUAGCCUAAUUAUUGUUUUAGUUGAUUUAAUUGAUGUUGAGAUGAACUUCUUCUGAGGUAUGGUGGUUCAUCAGCUGCCCAGGCAACUAAACCACACAAGCAUAGUGUAUCUACAGAUUGCAUAGAGACUGAAGAUGAUAAUUAUCUAUUUUUAAUUAAUUUUAUUAAGAACUUUAUCUUUUGCUCGCGAAAGCGCCAUGCUGAAACUCGAAAAGAGAGGAGAAAAAUGGGGGGAGUCAAGGGUUACCAUUUUUACUCUCCCUAAUCUUCCUCAGUCAUAACAUCAAAGAUGGCAGUUUCAACAGUACGAAUAUAAACAACCAGCUUUCGCCUGCCCAAAAUACAUCUGCACUGCAGGCUACAUAAUAUAAAAUUAGGAUAAUCAAGCUAUCUAACAAAACUGUGGUUGGGAUCAUGUUAAUUUAGUUAAGAAUGCAUAUGAUACUUAGUGAAUGUUUUUGUGAGAAAAUUCAGUCCGUGGAUUGUACCUUGGUGUCUGUUAUUUAUGAGUUUUGUUUGAGCCAUAAUUUGACAAAACACUUCAUUCCUCAUUUCUCUAUCUUAUAGUGAAAGUAUAUGUAAACUAGUUUACAUACAUAAACAUUAGUGCAUUACACUCCACUACAGUACUUGUAUACACUACAUAUGUAGUGUAUACAAGUACUGUAGUGGAGUGUAAUGCACUAAUGUUUACUCUUACGAUGGAUGUAUUAGUUAAGGGCAGAGAGGGCAUGAGGCCUGAUGGUCAUCAGUUUAACCCUUAGAAGAAGUUUGAUUGUUUUGUUAACAGAAACAAACAACAACAACAACAAACCUUAUGUAAUCUAUUACUCUUGUUUAUCUUUUAGUCUGGAUUGCGUGCCUGUUGGUGUUAAGCUUAGGUAGGUCCUGAUAGUGCCACUUUUUUGGGAAAGCAAAUCAUUGAAACUUAAGAUCGCAACAAGACAGUCUAUAUCUUGAACUGCAUUACGAUUUCGCAACAUCGUCAUGGAGAUCCCAUUAUGUAGACUAUUAGCAGUCAUUUACAAGGUUUUGCUCUUUCAGGGAUGGUUUCUUUGGUAGCUGUUUUUUAAAGGAGAGUAUUUCAGACAAUCCCACCAUUUACUCAGCUCGACCUGGAUCAAGGCUGUGGGAGGUGAGUCUACUUCCCUAAAACGUUUUUGUUUAAUUCGAUUGAAAUAGAGGAUAUACCAAUGCAAAUGUAAGAUACGAAGGAAGACGCCGGGCAGCUGGUUCUGCUAAACCUCAAGUACGGCUAGAAUUUUGGGGGAAAGGGGAAGGGAGAAAUCGCUUACAUUUAGAAAGAAACAAAAGGACGUUGGGAGCUAGGAAAAUCAAAAAAUGAUGGGAAACGGAGCAGAAGAGUUUGAGUAGGCUUGGUAUCGAGAGCGAUCGAAUACUCAGUAGUCAUUGGAUUCGGCUUUCGUAUGAUGAUCGUGCGAAAGCAGACUUCUUUCUAUUAAAUUUUGUUUCUGUUUAGUUCUUGUUUUCAUUUGUCUGUUCCUUUAGUCUAGCCGAAUUCUUUAAAGAGCCACUUAAAUAGCAGUUGUCAUCCACUGAGUUGUAUUUUGCUUAGUUCAGCCAUUUCUUCUUCGCAAAACGUGAAAAAUUUUCAGCCAUUUUCUCCUGCUCUACCAAGACACUGAGCAAACGCCUCUUCGUCCCCAGUGCUUCUCGGUUACCGUCGCUUUUUUGGCUUUGUGUUUACUAUUGACGUAAUUUUACCGGAUGCCGUAAACGUCUUACAAAUAAAUUAUAUUACACUUUUAUGCGCAAAAGUGGAUUUCCCAGAAAACUUUGUAUCUGCUUAACCCAUUCGCGGGAUGUUUUGCUGAAAAACGCUUUUUGAAGCUAACGGAGCCAUUUUCCGGUCACUGUAUGGCUAUGAAGAGCCAAAGUUUCUUUUGCUACUUCACUACGUGUUGUUAUUUUUUUUUUACAGGCCAGCACUGAUGGUCAAGUCAUGUCCACUCAGCAGUACAAGAAAUCAUUAGCAACUCCACCAGUCACCAUUUUGGGACAUGGGUGAGUUAGAAAUGUUUGUAGCUUGCGUAGAAUGGCGGUUUUGGUCGGGCGCGCAAACAAACCACGCUGGGCGAGGGCAGAGAAACUGAGAGGAGAUUGGGUCGCGCGCGCUUUUGCGGCUUCGCCUGCUCAGUAGUGCGCCCGACAAAACCACCAUGCUACGCAGGCUAAAAUGUUUGGCAAGUAUGUUACAUUCAUUUUUCUUAAAAUUUAGUUUAACAUUAGGUGAGAUCGACCUUUUAUGAUAAAAACACAAUGCACAGGCUAUUUUUUUGCCGCGUCCCCAGAGAUAAUACGCGUAGUUGCAUAUACCUAGUUAAACAAAAGUUGCUUCGACAACUGGGCGUUUGCAAAAAGAGAUCACGUAGCAAUGAUCUGCCUGAGCAAGCGCCAAGCAAUAGCUUGUCACUGCACAAUUCGUUUAUCCAAAGCAACCUUUAUUGAAUAAACUACAUACAAGUACAACUCACUUUUACUCUGAAGAUGACGAUCACCGCACAAGUUGAAUAACCGUCCAUCAGUUUCUUGCGUCCACAGUAGUCUUGUUCAAGACUGCACUAACCUGGAUCGACAAUCAUAUUUCACCUUCAUGUACUUAUUAUGAAAUGUCACGUUCAUAUCCUUAACAGUACAUUGCACCAUGGAUCAGUGAUUUUCCACUAACCGAGCAUUUUGUUUUGCAGGCGCAGUGCCGCUGAGCCCGUAGCAGAGGGAGAUUUUCCACCUCAAUCUGUUAAUUUUGCCAAGUUGCUGCUUGUCAGGUAUAAGGCUACAUUCCUAUUUAUCCAUUGUGUCAGGGUUUGCGGUAGCAUUUGGAAUUACCGAAUGCAGAGGUUCAGCUGGCGGACUUGCACAGAUGCACCUUGCUAGUUGUAAACAAUGUGCACAACUAGUGAUUUAUAUGUGAAAUAGGUAAACCUUCUCUUACCAACAUCUCCACAGUGUGGACACUAAUCUGUUAAGGACAGUUUUGUAAGUACACAUUUCAUCCACCGAAAUGGGGGUUUAAUUAACUAACACGGGCAACGCCAAGGUAUGUUCGGUCUACCGCUGUCAGGGCUGUCAGUAAGAUUUCGAGUUGCCCAGUACAUGUUGUUACGCCGCAAAAUGUAACAAUUGACGCAAAAUGUAACAUUAACGCGAAAUGUAACAACUUUUGACGCGAAAUGUAACAUUAACCCGAAAUGUAACCACUUUUGACGCAAAAUGUAACAACUUUUUAACGAGAAAUGUAACAGCUUUUUGACGCAAAAUGAAACAAUAUUUUUAACGCGAAAUGUAACAAGCAAAAUGUUACAGCCUUGAAAUAACUGAGAGACGUGGACAUGAGCCUUGUUGAUAAAGUGUAAAUUGUCUGGUGGUUACAAAAACAGUUUAUUCAUAAAGUUUUCUUAUAAUGUCAAAUAAACUUACAAAAGGUCGUAAAACAGGUGAUAAAGAUACAAGUCAUGUAUAACCUUGGAAUAGCAGUAUGGACAAUAACAACAACGCUAACUUAUUAAACAUAACGUGUGGAAAAAUAUCCCAAGCUAUGCGAAAAGAAUAUGACUAGAAAUGCGAACAAUAACACCGUAGGAAACACGCACCAAUCAGCAAUUGAAAUGAAAGUCAAAAGUAAAAGUUAAGAAAGGUAAUCUUUCAAAAGAAAAUUUUGAACGUAGUCAAUAAGAUAGAUAUGAAAUUUCUCAUUUCUUACCGGACUUCCAGUAAAUGUUAGAAAUUUCAUACCAACCCUGUCCUACUGCCUUAAAGCUUAACCAUGCCAACGCCCAUUUAACACUGUUGAUUAACUCACGCAGUCGGAUGACUGCUCAGGUACACUUUCCUUUUAGGGAAAAGGGGAGGAGGUGGCUAAAAACAGACGACGUCGGAUAUAAACAGAAAGCGUCUUCACUCGACGAAAGUGUGAAAAGAAUGAUCAGCAAUCGAUACUCGCCUCGAUUUCAUACGGGCUCAACUCCCUAGAGGGAGUAUGCUAAAAAUGUACCAUCCUAACCCAUCUAAUACGUCCUGGACGUUGUAACGCCGACUUUCUUUUCAGCGUCACACAUAUGUACAGAAAGAUAUACUAAACAACAAUUCGUUCGACUGUUUCAGGAUUUAGUUACUAUUAUCGAAAAACGUUUUGUAAGUUUAUUUGACAUUAUAAGAAAACUUUAUAAAUAAACUGUUUUUGUAACCACCAGACAAUUUACACUUUAUCUACGAAGCUCAUGUCCAAGUCUCUCAGUUAUUUCAAGGCUGUAACAUUUUGCUUGUUACGUUUCGCGUUAAAAAUAUUGUUUCAUUUUGCGUCAAAAAGUUGUUACAUUUUGCGUCAAAAGUUGUUACAUUUCGGGUUAAUGUUACAUUUCGCGUCAAAAGUUGUUACAUUUCGCGUUAAUGUUACAUUUUGCGUCAAUUGUUACAUUUUGCGGCGUAACACAUGUUCAAUUUGUAGGUGAGGAAUUGAAAAUAAAUUUUCCGUUUGUUUCCUUCGAAAGUAGCCAGGGGACAUGCUCAUAGUAGCCGGGGGAAAUCCCUGGCGCACAGCCUUUAGUGACAGCCCUGGCUAUGCUCAAACCACGAAGAGGAUAAUUGUUUCAUCAUUUACCUCGGACAAACAAAAAAUAAAAAUGUGGUCGAACUCAAUCAAGGAGAUAUUACGCGAUUUAAAUGAUAAUUAUUGUCCUGACGCAGGAUUCGCAAGUAAACUGUUUAUGCAUGGUUCAAUUUGACCUUUUUCCAUCGCCGCUCCGGGCAACCUCCGGGACAAGUCAAGCCCCUCGGGCCCGGGGGUGGGGAAUUGUUUGAAGCGGUCCAGUCCCGGAAGUAAUGGGGUGGGGCAAAAAUAUCUUCUCUUUGAUUUUGCGAAGUAAGUGCCAUUUUUCGCCGCUCGAAAAGUGCCAUUUUUCCCUUGCGGCUUCGCCGCAACAAAGUAGACCGGGCAUAAGCAUCCCGGCAGUUACGCAGGCUAAUAAAGUCUGUAUUUGAAGAUGCUUUUUUAAAUUUCAAGCGAAUGUGCGUAUGAUGCCUACUCGAAUGGUUUUAUGUUGCAAAAGAAAGAAUUAAAAUAAAUAUUUCUUUGAUCAGCCUAGCUUUAAUAAUAAGUCAACUUAAAUAGACUGUACAUGAAAACGGAUACAAGGCUUUUAAUGUAUGUAAACAGAGAUGCAGUCCGGUGUUCUUUAAUAUGAAGUGUUCUACCAAGGAGACGCUUCAGAGUUUUUUUCUUCCUUUUUCGUUUUAAUUACAUUAUGGCAUGUAUUACCCUUCUCUCAUAAUUUUUAGAAAACGUUUAUAAAAGUUAAGAAAGCGUCUCGUUUUGCUAUUGUACGGAAAUCAAUAUUGCUCUUAAAAAGGUGGAGGCAGGGGUGGGGAAUGGUCUCUUUCUGCGUGCCCGGGGGGGGGGGGGGAGGCCAAAGAAAGAAAAAAUUUCAAAAUCCCUUUUGUAAGAAUAGGUUGUAAAAGUAAAUAAGGGGGCUUUUUGUGUGUUGGUACGGAAAUCAAUUUGGCUCUUAAAAAGGGGGGGGGGGGGGGGGGGUUUGGUCUCUUGCGGGGUCCCGGGGGGGGGGGGAAGACCACCAAGAAAGAAAAAACUUGCAAAUCCCCGGCGGUAUUUCAGGGGGGGUGGUUACAGGCCAAUUUUAACCAUGUAUUACUGCCAAGUUUUUACUCCAAAAUUUUCAUUUAGUUGACUCAACAAUUCAAAUGCGCUCAAGGUCGACUUUAUUCAUCUGCAAAGUGAUAGGUUUUGGUUUCAACUUUGCUUGAACAUGAAGUCCGACUUCAGUUCUGAUUUCGUCAGACAUGGACCAAUCUUAGUGAUCCGUAGCAUGCGAACGGCAGACGUAUUUCCGGUCGUCGCUUCUCUCCCUCCGAAAAUUAAUUUUCGGAGGGAGAGAAGCGACGACCGGAAAUACGUCUGCCGUUCGCAGGUUAAGUGAUCCGUGACCAACUGUAAAAAUGCCUGAAAUGCGUGCAAUUCCACAAUUGGUUUUGGCUUCAUUGAAUUCUAUUCCUACUCCUAUACCUAUAAUCAAUCCUAGGGCCAAUGCUUGUCAUGAGAAAGAACAAUGCUUUUUGAUAAAAUUGUGAGCGGCUUUAUAUCUUGCAUUUAUUAUUUACUGCUGACAACCCGAUAAUUAAAUGGUAAAAAUGGUAAAUAAAGUGAUAACGUUCUAUUGAAUCUUCAAUUUUCAUUAGACACUAAGAUUUAGGGGAUCCUUUUGUAUUUCAUUGGAAUCAACACUAGACAUAUUUCAAGUAAAUUUUAGGCAUUUUUUUAACCUUAUUACAUUGUGAUGAACAUAAAGGUAGCAAACGGGAAUAAUAGUAAUCAACAUAUUAAUUGAACUGGAAUAUUUUGGCUUUAUUUUUCAUAGAGAGCGAUUCAUUGUGACAUGGCUUGGAACUUCAUUGUACAUUAUCGAUCCUGUCUUAGGACGUCUGGUGGCCUGGUAUAGCUUAGACACAGGUGAUAUAAAACUUACAGCAAAUACUUUGUCUUUGUUGCUGUGAGGUAUGGUCAAUAUGGGUAUGGGUAUUGAACUUGUGUUUUGGCGUAAGAAUUGCUUUUCCAGACAGUCUCUAAUAGUCUUUAACUGUGCUGUGUGUAAAUAACGGUCUAUGCUCUAAAGAUAUCAGUCUCUUCACUCAGGUCUAUAUAAUGCCCCCAUUGUACGGAGAAAACUUGUCCCGCCUAGAGGGGUCACUUGCCUAAUCGAACUACCCUGGCUCAAGCCAACUUUUCAUACAUGUCCAUACAAAACGAGGCAAACUGUUUACAUGAGAAUUUUGUGACUGACGGUUGGGUCACCCUCCUGUUUUUUAGAACUAAGAGCCUGUAGGUUUUAUUUAUUUUACUCUAUUUUUUUAGAGUGAGAAGGCCCUAAUGAUUGAAUUGUAACUUUUGGUUGUUUUUAGAGAUACUAGACAUCUGCUGUUUUGGUGCAGAGAUUUAUGUGUAUCAUGUUGAUGGCUGUGUGAAAUGGUUCGGGCUUCUGUCUGUCAAGGAAUGUGUGUCAAAACUAUAUGAAAUGGGAGAAAUCAAACAGUGUCUAGAGGUGAGAAUUUUGAUUGAUAUCAUUUUCAAUUUCUUACAAUCGCUUACGUCCAAGCGAGAUAGACACUGAAAUUAAUUUUACUUUCUAUUCUCUACUCUUACUACUACAGGUGCUACUUGACUGUAGACAUUACAUAAUUCCUGGCUCGGCAAGAGAUAUGGUUCCAAUUUCUAUGGUUACCAACCUCAGGGAGAGCUUUGUCGAGGAAAAUAGCGAGGAAGACCAGGUUUGAAUAAAGAUUGUGGUUGGUAUAGACCAAAUAAUCUUUUUUUUCUUCCCCAAGCAUCGUAACCAAGUAUCAAUUAUAAUAUAUCGAAAUAUGUCUAUUCAGCUAUUUUACGUGUUGUGCUAGGCUAGCCACUGAGCUAAAAAUACAAGGUGAACAAUGCUGGAAAGGUAGUCUUGAGUGAGAAGAGUACCACAGAAAUGAACUUUUUAAGAGAUUACAACUCAUUGGUCGCAAUUAAAAAAGGUGUUUUGAAACUUAUAGUUCGGCUGAGGUGGUCAGAAUUUCGGUGUUACUUCCACAUUAACUUUUUCAACCAUCCAGUGUAAGAAAAGUGAGUAUGUACAUCAGUAUUGCUCAGUAGCUUUCUGAUUUGAACGGUACACUGACACGAGUGUAACCACCUCGCACAGCACAAUAUCACGGGAAAGAACUGCUCAUUGGCUUUUCUUUGAGCUGCAUGCUACAGUUUAGGAUUUUAUCCACGGACUCAAAAGUUUGAACCACCUUGCUCAGCAUAAGAAACAGUACCACAGGAAAGUACUGCUCACUGAAGCUGUCAUUUGAAUGGUCACACUUCAGGAUUUCAGCAACUGACUCAAGUUAGACCAUCUUGUACAUUAAAGUAAAUAGUACCACAGGAACGUAGUGUUCAGUAGGUUUCACUGAUUUGAAUGACCAUAGUUAAGGAUUUCACCCACAGUCUCAAAAGUUUGAACCACCUUGUACAGCAUAAUAAAUAGUACCACAGGAAAGUACUGCUCAGUAGCUUUCAUUUGAAUGGUCGCACUUUAGGGUUUCAUCCACGGACUCAAAAGUUUGAACCACCUUGCACAGAGUAAUAAAAAUUAUUACUACAGUAAACUAAGAAUCUAACGAUUACUUUCAUUCGCUUACAGGAUGUUAUUUAUGAACUGCAAGAACUGGAGCGAGAAAUGGAACUGCCAACAGAAGUGAGUGAUAAUCCACCAACUUACCUUGGCAACCUAGGUUUGAUUGACAGCCCUGACACCCUAAGUACCUGCAGCGAUGCUGUGAGUGAUGAUAUAGAUGUGUUAUCCGCUGGCUCAAGAGAAUUAGAUGAAAGAAGUGAUGAUGGAGUAAUGGGUAAAGCUGGUCUUCAUAACAAACUAAAGAAAAAGUGGAGCGCUGAUCUUUCUCUUGAGGGUAUGCUACUAUCUGCAGCAGCAGCAGCUAAGAGGUUUACAGCCGAGCGACAGCUGGGAAUCAACAAGCUAAAAAGAACGCAAUCCCCCGAUACUUCCGCGACUGGAGAUUUAGUUGCUGAGCCAAGCAUAGAACGGAACCAAGAGGCUGGGAGUCCACAGAGAAAGCUUAGCUUUGAGUCUGAGGCAUCUCAGGUUGCUGAAGGCAUGAAUGGUAAAGAAACGGUAGCUGAAGAGGAAAGUCCGCGUCUGCAGAAAAAAAUGCCCGAGCAAAGUCCAUGCCACUCUGACGACAGUGAAUCGCGACAGUCCGGAAACGAAGGUGGAGUUGUUGAAGAAGAGUCCUUUGAAAAGUUAGUACAGUAGAAAAAAAAACUAUCAUUUUGUAACUUACCGGUAAACGAACAGUCGAAAACGAAAGUUUUCACGCCAAUUGCAAUCUUUUGUCAAACGAUACUUUCGCAUGAAUUGAAUUCCAAAAGUAAUGGUCCAGUUUUGUUAUUUAAGACUAUAAUAUUUUAGGCAUUGAAACUGUUUCCUGUCGUCUGUCGCUACGGAUGGCAAGGAUGGACAUGGAAUGAAACUUGUAAAAGCUGGGCCAACUUUUUCAAGUUUUAAUGCUAUACCUGCAAAAAAUCGUCAAUUUGUUUGAUAUUCAGCACAGAAUUGACCUAAAACAGCCGUAUCCUCAGACAUAUCACUUUAAGAACAAACAUACAGUAUGUUAGACGUAGUUAAUCGAUAAACCGAUAAUCGAUAGUAAUCGAUAUCAAUCGCCGAUUUCCAAAAUCGAUUGAUAGAAAUCGAUAAAGAAAAAAAGUUGACCUUGAUUAAUAUCGAUGAUGAUUUUUUUUAUCGAUUAGUACGAUUCCUAUCGACUUUGUUAAUUGAUAAUAAUCGAUAAAUUAUUUCUUCUGUGACUUCGAUUUCUAUCGAUUUCCGAUAUCAAUCGAUAUUAAUCCGAGGAUUAAAUGGAUUGAUAUCGAUGAUAUCGAUUGAUUUCCGAUAUCGAUUUUUAUCGAUUAACUACGCCUGGAGUAUGUUCAUAUCGUUUACUGUUUCCUCAGGCGAAAACUGUAGUAGUAUGGGCGCAAGAGAGAGCGUAACAGGCGGUUGAAAGUAAUAUUGGUGUCUACCUUGCGCGUGCCAUUCUUGCUUGCGCCCAUAUUAUAUUCCUUCGCCUGUUUCCCAGGCAAAAAUGUUUCUCACACGUAUCAAUGUUUCAACUAUCAAAAAUCAGUCAAUCAACUAAUCAAUCCUUACUUCGUUGUAAGUAGUUUGCCCCGUUGCAUAGAUACGAACAAUGUAAUAAAAUUAUUUACGGCAGGAACUCUCCACAAACCGUUGAAUAAACGAAACUUGUCUUAAGGCUAAAAUAAAGGCUAGUGCGUGAAAGACUAUUCGUGAAACUCAGUACAAUAGUUAUGAGGAUUAUUUCCAAGUCUUUCGAGGUUUCAGCAAGAAAAGUUACCCAGAGUCUCCACAAACCCUUUUAGGCUUAACGGAGGGGCCCCUAUUAUUUAUAAUUGUUAAUUAUUAUUCAGUCAAAAUAUUUCCCCAAUUCUGAUUGGCUAAAAGCACACGCAUAAUUCACCAUAACCAGUUACUGAUGACCAAAUUUGGAAGAAUUUCGUGUUUAACGAGGAAAUGACGUCAAAAAUACAGCCCGCUACAGUUGUUUUGGUUGUGGAAAAAAAAAUGGCGGACAUUUCACUCGUUUCAAGAGUAAGAACUACCGCUGGAGGGCGACACUUGCUAUUUGGAGAAUAUUUGCGGAGCUGGAAAAACCUAAACGUACACUAUCGGCUUUCGUAGGAUAUGAAGAAUUAAGCAGAUCUCGGAGGGUGUUGGCCUCGGUGGAUGACACCCUUCUCGAUUUGCUUCAUUCUUCAUAUCCUACUCAGCCUCAUUCAUUGAUUGCUGAAUAACUCAUGUAGUGAAAAGGGACUUCGUAUUAUUACGGUUGUCAUUUUUUUUUUAAUCAUAUGUUCUUAACUUGCACUAUAAUUUGAACUGGCUGAUCUUUCUUAAUGUACGUUUUUUUAAUUUGUUUUUAGAAAGGAGAAGUUGACUGCAAAAGACAAAAGAAAAAAGAAAAAGUCGAGAGUUGUAACCGUCGGUAAGUAACUGGUGUCAGUAACUUUGUUUUGUUUGUUUGUUUGUUUGUUUUUUUGGGAGGGGGGAGGCGGUGGUUUGUUUUUCUCUUCUACCCUGGGUCUCAGAGAUUUUUUCUCAAGUGUGGCGGGAUGCUUCGGUAUCGGCCGCAGGCCACAACUGCGGUCAGAGGAAUCAGCGAAGAAGCUUCUAGCGCGGGCGUCUUGACCGAAACCGGAAACCACGCAUUUAACGUCUCUUGUACCCGGGGUAGGUUUGUUGUUUAACCUUAUACCCAGCUCUCCAGCUGUAAAUGCGACUCCCUAACUUGUUGCCGCUGUUUACUACUAGGAUAGAAAAGUCAUUUCACUUUUGUAAACGCAUUCUUUCGUUUUCCGCUCCCGUUCACAAGUGAGUGAUACAAAAGGUUCUCGUAACCUGAAUUUUUUGAAUGAACGAUCUUCAGAGUAGAUAAUUGACUUUGUAAAGGGCUACUCCCUCUUCCACAGAGGCUCCCGCCAGGUAAUCCAGUAAGAUAGAAUACAGUCGAACCUCUCUACAACAGCCAUCUUGGGGACAGAAGAAAGUGGCCGUUAUGGGGAGGAAGGGGUGUAACAUGACAAUUUUUUUAGGGAGUACAACAUGUUUACUGUGCUGAGUUCAUGCUUACUGUAUCCUAUAAUAACAAUCCAAUCAUAUAAAAAAAUAUAUAGAGAUAAAAAUACACGAUAAAACUUGAAUAGUGUUUUGAAUCAAAAUGUUAAUGUGACGUAUUAUAUCAAGUACGAGACGCAGCGUUUCAUCACCAGAUGAAACACUGAGAAGAGAGUUAAAAAUACGACGCGCAGCGGAGUGUUUCUUACGAACUUCGAGGCGUUUCAUCUGGUGAUGAAUCACUUUGUCAAAUGCUUGAUAUUACUUCUCAAACAAAAUGAUUUUAGAAGUGGAAAUUAAGGAUGCAAAAAUGAGCAGUUUUUCGUCUGAUUUCCAAAUUCUCAUUAAACAUUAAUUUCCUUCGUAUUUUCUUUAUGAAAAAAAGAAGCAAGGUUCGCAACAUUCGCAAAAAGUAUCGUAGACAAAUUAUGCUUACUACAACAAUAUAAAUGGAACACAAUCAAAACAGUGUUGCUGCGAUUAAUCAUCGAUGUGCCAUACGUAUCAAUUUCAGGACAAUUCUUGACUUUUUUGUCAGUCACUGAAAAAACUGGCCGUGGUCGAGAGGCUAUAGGGAGCUUAACCAACGACGACGGUGACGUCAACGAGAGCUGAAAUGUAGCCGUUGUAUCAUCUAAUUCGGACAGAAAUCUGUUUUUAGGUUUUGAUGUGGAAGGGUGCGUAGGAUGCCCGCUUAAUUGAGGUUCGACCGUAAAUUAUUUCAGAUCGUCGUGAAAAUUGUCGGAAGUUAUAGCCAAUAUUAGAUAUCUUAAGACUGGAUUACGAAUCCGAGAUUGAGUGGGGACACGAUUGUUUAAACUAAAUAUUCUUGUGCCUUGUACAUAUUAGUAAGCAACAGUAAAGAGUCAUAGUUCGAGGGAUGCAACCAUGGCCAUGGUCGAACUUAUUCUCGAUUUCGUUCUGGUUGUCAAUUAUAAAGGUCGCUACCAUACAAGUACAACUUACAGUAGUCUUUUCUCACAAAUGCAGUCAAAGGGGGCGAGGGGCAAGAGAGGGAGAAAUCAUCUCAUGGCCGCGAAAAGCUUUAAAAGUUAAUUGUUGUUUUGCUGUUUUUGAUUUUUAGAUAUUGACUCACCUCAGCUGAAACAAGGUAAAUUUUGCUUGAGAUGCAUUGGCCUCGUUGAGGCUACACGUAGUUAUCUUUUGUUGCUCUUAUUCUUUGGGCACUUUGGUACAGGUAUCGAUCUGUUAAUUACACAGCAGUAACUGUCACAACCCCGAGAUGCGAACAUAUGUAUAUAUUUUUUUUUUCACGAAAGGUUAUAAGUCCAACUAAGCCAUCAUCACUAAUUGCCAUCAUCACUGCUUACAUCAUGAUCGUCAUCAUUAUGAUCAUCAUCAUCGUCAUUAACGACAACACGAUCAUCCUUAUUGACAUCACCAUUCUCCGUAUUUACUUACCUUUGUUUGUUAAUUUCAGAGUUAUUUUUGGAUACUCCCGCUACAAGAAGCCCUUCUUUUCUUCGAACACACUCUUCAACGGGAGAAGUGGAGGUGAUAAAGCUUCUUUCUUUCGUAGGAUGAAAUUAUGCCUAGAUAGACAACAGUUUUAAGCAGGUUUCGCCGCAGUUACAAUUGGGUGGAUGGAUCAGUACAACCACCUUUCAUUACUUUAAGUCUAAGCUGCAGUAUGAUGGUAUCUAAGGAUUAACAGUCACCCGUAAGCAAGUAAUGAUCUAGCGAUUUACAUGAUAAGGUCACUUUGCCAUUGUACUCAAGACUUGUUUGAGCGCUUUUGAUUUAGACCUUCUUUUAAACAUUUGGUACUGUUCAACUGUUUUCGUCUUGACGCGAGACACCUUUUUGCGAUCAAGUCAUAAAGUGUCACGGGUUGUUCAUAUUGCCAACGAGUCCUUAUUUGCGGUUGAACUUGAGAAAUUACUUUUUAAUGAGGAAAGCACAGCUCUUUGUCAAACAAAAUAUAUCUCCAAAGCAUUAUAUCAAUCGUUACAAACAACAAAAAUGAACUUUGUAAAACUUUUAUGCUAACACGUUUUCAUAAACGACAAUUGCAAUCCGUUUUAAUCCUCUUCAGGUUUCUCCUUCCAUUUUUGAAAUUGCUGAAUGAUUUAUACCUUCUAAUUUUUUGAGCAGUUGUUGUUAUGUUUCACUCAAUUUGGUGACAAUUCCCUCCGUCUGAAUUUUGAUAAAUUUCGUGACACCCCCUUUAAUCGGAGGAAUGUUUUCAUUGUUUUUGUUUUUUUUUUCGUGAACAAAUCUAGACGAGCAGUAGACGUUUGUCAGAACCUGUGAGUCCUCUACAAACAGAGUUAUCGCCCGCUAUACCUUCCAUAUUAUCUAAAGCGAAGGGACUGCUUAUAAAGAAACUCAAACCAUCAUCUGAAGAUCAGUCACCUUCGCCUUCCUCAUCACUGUCUCCCAUUACACCAUCUGACGAGAAUGCUGUGCUUUAUACAGAGGAAGAGAUGGAGGAAAUUAAGCUUCCGAAAGAAGUUGCGGAACUGAUUGAGUGUUCCUCUAAGGCACGGUAAGUCAUUGCAGUUAGCUCUGGAAAAACGGUGACAGCGAUUUAAGAAUGUUAAGACCUCUGUAAGGUGGAAACUGGUAGUGCAGUGAAUCGGCUCUGUAGAGCAGACACAUCUGAAGUGCAGACAUACCAGGCCAAAGCUUGGAUAACUCUUUCCAUCGGAUAAAUCGCUAGGAAGUGGAUUAGUGUUAGGGAAACCAGUGGGAAAACUAAUUACGCUGUCCAGUGGAUAGAGAUUUAUCCAGGGGAAGACACCACUGUAGGACAGUCUCCUCUUGAGGGCACACACCUCUUUUAGACAGUCAACUCUGUAGGACAGUCACCUCCUCUGUGACACAGACAUCACUGGAAGGUAGACAUUGUGGUAGGGCAGUCAUCUCUGUAGGGCAGACGCCCCUCUAGAGCAUACAACCCUGUAAUGUAGACACUUCUGAAAAGCAGUCACUAGUGGCUGUGACGUAACACUAGGCAAAGUGGACGCUUACAUACGGGGACAUAUAGUUGCAGUCCCGAGGGGUUGUAAUUGAGAUGGAAGUUCACGGUAUUUAUUUAUAAAUGACUUGAAUGUUUCUCCUUUAACGUGUCAUGGAAGUGCGAAAUAAAACCAAACAAAAUGCAAACUGAUGUACUUACAUCAGCGGCCUUUCCUUUUCAGGUGUGACGUGAAAAACCCAGUUGUCCUCUUUAGUGUCACCAGUCUAUGCCGCGUCUUAGGGGAAUGGAUCCCAAAACUUCAUGAGGCCAUGAAAAGCUGUUUAGAGAUGACGGAAAGAGAUGACAGUGGAAGUAACGACAAUGGCUUGAAACGUUUCCUAAGUGCAACUGCUUUUGAGGAUGUGUCAUAUCUAGCACAAAUGUGUUUUGAUUGUGGUGUUUAUGGAAGCGAAGGUUUGCGGUCUUUUGAGGAUGAUGUCAGAAGCAAAGGAACUACCACCAAGACACCAUUAUGUGAUUUCCCGGUGGAACAAGAUAAAUCGGAAACUAAUGAUGUGGUUAUUUUAUUUUGCGAUGAUACUAAUAAACCGGAAUCUAAUAGAGAAUCAGAUAAAUUAGCUUCAGAAAGUAUCCCAACUUCGCAUGGUGAUGUGAGGGCAACAACAUCAAGUGAGGGUCAUUUGCCCUCAGCUGGGACCAACCCAUCUUCACUGAGGACGGGCGAAUUUUCGCCUCCAUCCAUACGUAUAAGUGUUGUCAAGGAUGAAAACUUCGAUGCAGAGACGGUAGACGAAGAGUCUGGUGAGAAUACUUUAGAUACAUUGGGUGAAAGUGCGAACCGUCAAACUGACAAACCAUUAAACAGAAUGCUUGGUGAUUUGAAUAAUUCACCGCAAAGCUCUGCUGAUGAAACUGUUUCCUCGCCUACAGAAAUGUCGAAAAAUGCCAUACUAUCACAGGAUAGUUCAAGUGGUUUGCAGUCAUUGCAAAGUUGUGAGCGAAUUUGCGUGCAGUGUGAAAAUGGAACUACAUUUUUCGAGAACAACGGAAAGCAGGUUUACGAUACAAAUUUUAAUGAUGAAACUCGCUCCAGAUUCUUGUCCUACCAUUUCUGGCUGAUGGACGUCAGACGGCUUAGGCGCGCACUCCUCAUGAGUAAGGGCGAAAGAAAGAAAACGUGGAGCACCUUUAUGGAUUGUCUGUCAGGUGAGUGAUGAGUACAACGCUGUUGUACUGGCAAAGCAAACUCUCAAACUUCCAUGCUAAUAUCAUCCGGUCCCUCAAGAGAAGGUAGUGAAUAGAAUUAACAUAUCGAUCGUCUGUGAUUCCCUUACUUAACAAGUAAAGUCAAACCUAGCGGUCAACCUGUAUAUUACGGUAACCGGACAUCUUCCCUAAAUUUUCAGUUGCCUUACAUUUUCUACAAAGUUGACCUGUUGCCAUUUCCCAUGGGUGACCGUUGUAGACAGGCUUGACUGUAGUGAAGAAAACUUACGCUUUAUUUCGAAAAAUCUUUUAUCCUCUAGCAGCUUAUUUUCUACUUUUACGUCAGUUCAGUGAGUAUUGUGAAAGCAGUAUUACGUGAAGUGAACUAAACCAUUUUCCGAUGAACUGUUUACCCAUUGCAAUAAGUUUCCCCUCUUUUCAUUUCUUCGUUCGUUAAAAAAGACAGACGGAAAUUUGGCUGCCAUGAGUCGAAUUUUCCCCUCUUUGGCAGACAGGACCUGCAACAAAAAGGCCACUAGAUUAGGAUUCAAAUUUUCCGACGUUUGACGCAAAAAAACGCUUCACGUUAAGUGUCUAACGUGAUUCAUUCUCUAAGUGGGUUGAGUAUGAUCGUCCGGGUGAACGACGUCCUAAAUAGGACUGUUGUUGUUGACAGCGACUGACGUUGCCACAACCUGUGCGGUAGUCAUCUUCAGAGUCAAAGUGAGUUGUAUCACGUCUGUUCAUAGUAUUAAACUCUGGGUAUUGACCUGAGUGGUCAAUUAAGUCGCGAUGUUAUUGGUCGUUUGUCAGUUAAGCCGUGAUGUUGUUGGCUAUGGAGACUCGUAAUAUCAUUGGUGCGUUUCGAUCCGUCUAUUGUCACAGUGAACAGUCGUUUAUUGUUAGUCAAAUUGUCGGUUGACCAGUCAUUUUCCGUAGUUUAGCUUGAGUCGGUCAAUAAGUCGUUUGUACGGUGCCGGUAACUGUUGACUAUGAUUCAGUGGCGUAGUAAACCAGCUUUCUCAAGUGGUCGUUUCUAAAGUGAGUCGUCAAAUCGACUGGGACUCUGCGACAUGUAUUUCGUAUUCUACAGACUUCUAUCAACGACACACUUUAGAAAGCUCAUCCACUAAUGUAGAACAAAUGCCGGACAAUCAUACUCACCCUACUUAUGAAAUGACUCGUGAGUUUAAACCUUUCACAGUUUCUGAGUUAUUCUAUGAUAUUGAUAUUGUUGGAGUCCUUAGGUGCUACUCAAAUGAGAGGUCAUUAGCUUCUCAUUAUUCUACCGCUUUGAAAUCCUAUUUCAGUAUACCGUAUUUCACUAUUUCAGGCCGUUAUUCUCUGCCCUUUUAGGUCUUGUAUCCCCCUAUGACGUUAUCGCCAAAUACAUCAAAGAAGGGGACGCUCGUCGAGCUCUUCACGAACUGCAUGAUGGGAUGGAUAAGUACUGUGACGUGUUGCUCUUUCAUCUUACUUGGUAAGAUGAACCACUCCUACAGACCUCGCUAUAAGAUCGUCUUAAAUAUAUUCUUUCUUUUAAAACCAAGUCGGCAUUUCCAAAAUGCGAACACCUCGUAAGUCGUUCUCUUGGCCCCAAAGAUAUAUGUUUUCAUGCAAUCCCUACCUCUAUAAUAUGCACGCCUGGAAUAUGAACGAUAAAACGACUAUGCUGUAACAAUCUUGUCGACAAAAUCCUAUCUUGUGUUAUCAUUAAAGUAAAACCUCUUUCGCAGAACUAUAAGUACGUAUUUAUUUCUCAGGAUUUUCAAAAAAAAUUCGUAUUUUGAAGGAAUGUCUUCCUUGAAAGAUUGAAAGAGAAGCAGGCUGUACUGUAAUAGAAAAAGUAACUUGUGAACAAUAAUUACCUACUGUGGAGGUCAAAAGAGUGUUGGGACCUUUCUAGUAGUAUUAGUAAAACUGGCGACCUCUCCCCUCCCACCCCAAACAAUGUUGAAGUUUGAGCAAAAUGAGUGGAUUGCAACAUUGGUGGAAGGAGUAGGGGAUGAAGGAUGGACCCAAAGCCGAUCAAUAAAAUUAGCAAUAGGAGUAGUCUUAUGUUACAAUUAUUUGGAAGGGAGCAAGGCCUGUAUGAUUUUUAAACUAUCUUAUCUUUCAUCCAUUCUUGUCCGUUGUUUCUUUUUAAUUACUCCCUGUCUCCUGCUUUUAAUUUACAGCUUGUAUGAAAACGACAGUCGCGAGACAAUGUUGACUUGCGCUAGAAUGUUCCCUGAUGUGCAGCCGUGGGAAGUUAUGGAGAUUUGUCGGCAUUGCAAGUUACAUAGCCUAGAAUCCACUUCAGCUGAUUUUGUGUUUUAUGUUGAACAACUAAUGAGGUGGAGAACGGAAGUUGGAAAUACUAGGUUAGUCAUGUUUGAUAUACAACAUAAUAAACAGUUCGACCAGAAUGAAUUACCCAGUAGCUUUCAUUUAAAUAGUCAAGCUUUACGAUAAUUAGAACCACCUCGUUCAAUGCAAUAAACAGUACCGCAGGAAAGUACUACGUAGCUUUUAUUUGAAUGAUCGCACUUUAGGAUUUCAUCCACAGCAUAGUCGGAUUUCAUUUGUGUUAGGGAACUCAAAUGGUUUUUAUCUUACAUAUAAACAGCGAUAGCUUUCCGUAUCCAUAGAGGAAAAUGGUAAAAACCAACGUCACACACCUCAACUAGGUACAUGCAGUAAAUGAUAAUUUUUCUUGUUAUACUUUUUUGCUUUGUAGACAGCAGACUGUUAGGAAGCUUUGUGAAGAUAUGAGAGUCACAAAUUGGUGGUUUCACUGCUCCUUGAUUGCAGAUUCUACAAAAGAAGCCUUGCACUGUCAGCAGUGUGGAAAACCAAGGUCAAAAAACUUAUCCUAACUUAUCCUAACUUAUCCUUCAGUUAAAUAGUUGUUGUUGUAAAGAGCAAUUUUACAAAUUAAUUGAAAGUUAUUUUAUACACGAAAAUCCCAUCGCCCUGACUAGAGUUGCUGUCGAGCUAAAUGUAGCCUGUUCCAGGCUCCGAGAUGAGGCUGUCCGAUAUAGUCGGGUCUGCGGAAUUGAGAAAGCGCGAACACGAAAAUAAAACGGGAGGAAACUUUUCCCUGAUCACGCGCUUAUAUUUUCGCUUGCCUUUCAUUUACGCAUCAUGGAACAGGCUAAGCUAAAUAAUGCGUAGUACGCUAAUGGUCGAAAACGUGUUAUCAAGAAUUAACACUUUCAAAAUAUUUCUUAUCUUGAAAAGAUGUUUUCUGCGAUGCCUCACUCAAUUUUGGUUAUUUUAGGUGGAAGAGACACAAUUUUGCCUCCGAAAUUUCUUUGUAAUCAAAUGCCCACAGAUAUAAACAAGACUGGAUAAAAAUUUGUCAGCGAAAGGACGUAGAAAAUAAAACAAGGUGUUAAAUUUAGGAUUUCAAGAAAGAAAUAAAUUACAGUUUCGAAUUGCGAAUUUAAAUUGUAGUUUUCCAAAGUUUAUAGAUGACGCCGGUCUCGUUCAUUUCAAGAUCAUAACGCUAUUAUUAGUUUUUGUUGUCUUUUAGUCUCCCUUUGUGUUUCAGUUUUUUGUGAAUAAUUUGAUGCUCCAAAGUGGAUUCAUUUCCCGUAUUUGCUCCUUUGUUUGAGAAGAGCUACUGGCUAAAGUUGCCAGUCAGCCUCGUACCCAGGCCAGUUCGCCCUAUCCGACAAGUAUGACGGGUGACAUCACACCUGAAAUCGUCGGGGACGACUAGGAACGAGGCUGGUUGCCAGCAGGACGGCGACGGCGAAGAAAACGUGACUUAGAAAAGUGGCGCAGAAAAUGUGACUUAAAAUUGACUCACUCAGUUUGUCAAAUGUAGACGGACUCUCCUGGAGUUGAAUUCCUAAGAAAAUUUAACAGAGAGAGAGAAAUUCGUUCUCCCUAGUUUACGUACUCGAAAAAAAAAUGGGAAAAAAGGCAGUUUCGCAUCGUAGUCGUGCAGUCACGGCAAAGAAAUGUACCAAAAAGGUGCUGCGUGUGUAAAGUUUUUCAACGUUCUUGCUGUCGAAGCCGUCUUGACACCUAAAACUCCCUUGUUCGUACUCCAGGUGAAUGGUGGUGAUACAAGUUCACCUCAGCACCCCUUGACAUACUUGGUUGAAAGAGACAAUGUGAAAUUAACCCAAUAAAACGAGGGUAUGGCGAGGACUGGUACCCAGACGGAGGGAUCUGAAGUAAUACUGUCUUUUGUCUUUUUGUGAAUGUAGACCUGGCUCACACACGAUCACGUGGCAAAAUGAGGACCAUUUGCAGCAACUUAUUGAUUUUCUUUGUCAGAAAGAUUCGUCAGAGCUCAAGGUUUUCAUGGAUUUGUGCUGGAACCACGGGUAAGUAAAAACAAAUCCAAUUUCGCGACUCAAUUCGUAUAGCAUACGGUUAGCUGCUCGUUUUCAGGCCAUUUCUGCUCUUAGUGCCCUUGGCCAAGCUUUAUGCAAGCUAGUAGGCAAAAUUCUUCAGAAUGCUUGGAAAUGUUGAUGGUUUACACGCUUGCUUUUGAGCACUUUAAAAACUUCAAUGCUUUAGAUACACCUGGGACAUGAAAGAGAAAUUCGUAUAUUUUAACUGCGGAAGUAAAGAUUGAAGGUUCAAAAGAAGGAAAAAAAGCUCAGUCAUAUAAACAACUUCUGCGCCUGGAAGAAUCACACUUGUGGUGGCGACUUUGAUAAAGAGAAGCCGGCAAUACUUAAAAGUUAGAAAGAAAAACUGAUAAACUAGUGGCCAUUGUAUCCAGGUCUUACUUCAAACAGUAAGAGCUAUUUCCACGGAGAAAAUUAAUCUAAUUGGCGAAGAUCCUUUUUAUUAUUUUUUUUUUCUUCUACACUUAUGUCAAGAAGGCAUAUAACACUCGCUAGAAAAUAGCUAUUUCAAAUGGCUUACCUACAAGGUAGCCUGCUCCGCAGACGAAACUAAAAGUCCAUCUGCAAGAGACAGCGCCCAAAUCCUUGUUUCGUUGUUUUGGGGGCCCUGCUGUGUACCAAGAUUUGAGAACGCGCCACGACCGGCCCGUUAAAAAAGUUACUGUUCGAUUGGCCAAUCAGGUUGAAGGGAAAUUUCAUUCCAUUGAACUUCCGGUAAUUUGUUGUCUUUUGUGGGCCCAGAACGAGGACCUUUGAGCAACUUCCCAGACGUUAAUAUCCGUAGCUUGAAGAAACAGCCGACAUUUCGCGACGUUACCACUGCUAACCCCGCGAAAUGACGUCUCAGGAACGUGAGAAGAAAUUCCAUACUGAUGACUUGUCUCUACCUACAUUUGGAUAGUGCUUCUGAUUGGUUGUGCUGCGAAGGAUAUUUGCUUAAACCAAUCAGAAGCACUACCCAGCCAGAUUUGGGUGGUGACACGGCAUCAGUGUGGAAUGUUUGCUGUCGAUCCUCACACGCUAUUUCGCGGGAAAACGAGGGAUGGUGUCUCGAAGUGUCGCCUGUUUUGUCAGGUUAUACUAAACGGGGUUAGAUUACGUUUACGAGGUAGGCUUCCUUAUAUACAAGGCUGUGUGGAUGAAGGUCUAUUGAGCCUUCUGUCCUACCGCCGUUUGAGACAGGCUUUGUUCACUUACACGACCUCCAUGUGUUAUUAACGGUUUCUUUAGGUACUGGUCAGGUCUAAUUCGUCUUUGUGUGCGGACCGGUCUAAGACAGGAAGCACUAAAACUAGUCGUCUCGUUAAGUGACAUGAAGCUGAUCAAGAAUCCACAGUCAUGGGGUAGGUAAAGUACAAUGACCUCAAAUUCUUAAAGGGCAAAACAUAAUCAAAGAUUGUAGUCUUUUUUACAAAAGCUAUGCCUUCGCUCCCAAAGAAUGAAUGAGAAACUGGAGUAUCCGGAAUCUGUACAUGCUUAGGUUAAAUCCUUAUUUUACGUUUAAACUCGCAAGCCUUAUCAUGGGAUAUGCAGUAAGCUCCAGCCUGCUUGCAUGUAGACAGUCCUUCCUACUUUUUCACAUAGUUCUUGUUGUAAUACAUUUGUGGUGUGAAAUUUUAACUGCCGUUGUUUGUAACUCGUAAAAUUCAUCUCUUCUAUCCUUUUUCUGCUCUUUUGUCAAGGACUCCUCCCCAAGUCUUUGGAUGAAUGGAAAUAUUUGUUGGAGUUGCUUUUAUCACGUGACCAGGACAACGAAGUAUCAUUUAGCACCGCUCACACAUGCACAACUCUGGCUGCUUCUGAUUGGCUAGCAGAUCUGACGUGGAGUAACGUGACCAGUCUGAUGCUUGAGCGGUUGGGCGCUGGGCAUACUGUCAACAUACUGCAGGCUCUGCCACAGGAAACCCCACUUCUCUCAACGGAUUUCUACUAUUCAUGUUUAUUAGGAGCUGUAGUCGAAAGAAGGCAAAGGUAAAAACCGCUAUGUUUAUAACAAGUUACACAAGAGGCAAGAAACAAAGUGUAUUUCAGAAAAAAUAGUUCAUUGUGGAAUUUGGCCAAAAAGUAAACCGCUUUCCGAACGUAAUUUACGCUUAUAAAUAUCAUCUGCAGAUAAGUUCUCAACUAUUUAUUCUAAACGAAGUACCAUGAUUCCAGUAAUCGCCUUUGAUCGGUCUUUUAGUAAAGGUAUUUUGUAUGAUAGUUUCUGAUUGUGUAAGAAAAUCCCUCACGUACUGUAAACGAAACCAGCCACUGAUGUCUGCGUUAGGUACGCGGUAAAGGAAUGUAUAGAAAGGUGCAUUGUUUGAAGUGUGAUCUUUGCCAAGCUGUUAUCUGGAAAGAAACGCGAUGGAACACUUCAAUCUAACUGCCGAAUUAGGAGUUGCGUGACAGCACACGCCUUUUUUGGAUGAGAUGGAGUUUGGCCAGUUUAUUGACUUCUCUUUGUUAUACAUUAUAUUUACAGGACUCUGAUUCAUGAGCUGCUUAAAAAGCUCGACUCAUAUUUGUGGUCACAACGAAGCGGUGCCUUGGCUCCAAAGGUAUGAGAAAGACAUUUGCUUAAAGCAACUUGAUCUUCCAGUAAUACUGAGUAGUUAUUCAGAAAUGGUUUAUCGCUCAGUAACACUUUUACUAACAGUUAUUGUAGAAACGGAUCACGACGGACUCAUAUGAACUUAUUGUUUGCAACUUUAUUUGUGAACGUCGAAAACCCACAAAUUUUGCCUCAAAAAAUCAUACUAAAUCGAAGACUUGUACAUGGUCGCCCUCGUGGCUGUAGGUGGUUUUCUGAUGAUGAAAAAUUACAGGCACAACUACCUAAGUUCUCAAUAACAAUCACUCUGAAACCUAAAAGGAAAGAAAAAGGAGAGGGCUAAACCAUAAAGAGGCUGACUUACAGAACUGUUCGGCAUCAAAGUUGCUAACAAUGUCCUCGCUAACGAUAACACAGAACUAGACACAGAACAUAACAAGCAAAAAAUGUCCAAAGUCACUUGACGGACGAAAACAAAAAAAUACUCCUAAAAAACUCCUCCCCAAUCUUCUCUCAUCCCAAAGAACACUUAAAUAGCGACUGGGUACGAGUCUGCUUCCAGGGAGAGACGUCUGUGCCGAAACGACAGAAAAUCCAUACUGAUGACGUAAAUCAAUGUUUACAUAAUUAGUCUAUAGUCAUAGGGCUACAAAUCCAAAUUUGCUCGAGUUUAUGUUUCUCCCGCUCUAUUAUCGUAUUAAAAGUUAUGAUUUCUUUUGCGAACAAGGGAGAACUAACUACAAGCGCUUCUUCUAGAGAAGUAUACAGUCAACGAAUAUUAACUAUUUUGUAGAAGAUCCAUCGCGUUCACAUUUUACCUUUUAUUAAAACCUUUUGCCUUUUGUCUGUUAUUCGUAAACAAUAGCUAAAAUAUUCUGUUCCGAUUCUCGACAGUUAUUAUUUCAUCAGUAUAGCAUUUCUGUCGUUGAGGUGGAGACUUCGAGGAGCGAGUAGUGACGGCAGUAUUCAUAAGCUAGUUGAAAACACUAUCCACUGGUUUGGUGUAUCCUACUUAUACGCGCUUUUCUUUGUAGUUGAACAGUUUUCGCAAAGAGGAGGAAAUAUGGGGUCCCAAAAGCAAGGUAACACUGACAGUAAACGCCUAUGUUAAUGUUACACGGGACGAUUCGCAACGACGAUUUUUAGCGCAAAACAGCGUUGCAAUGUUGGAACAAUGUUGUAACCAUUCGAAACAAUGUCGCAACAAUGUUGCAAAGCUGUGUUGCGCUAAAAAUCGACGUUGCGAAUCGUCUCGUGUAAAGCAGUGUUGCGCUAAAAAUCGACGUUGCAAAUCGUCUCGUGUAACAUCACCUUUAGUUUGAAAUGUCAUCCGCUCUUCGACCAACUCCCCAACGGGCAACAAGGCGCAGAGAGUCUCUCAAGUCUCUCCCGCCUCGCCGCUCGUUGAGGGGUGUGGCGAAGAUACGGGUGACAUUUCAGACUACUGCAGCGUCCUUGAAUUGACCUUUAAGUGGAGAUUUGACCAGUGAUGGUAUAACAUCUUCACGUUAUUGUUUACCUUUAACAGGAGAAUAUUAAGCCUCAACUGGAUUCCUUCUCACAGUUUAGAACUCUUGAGGAUGGAGGUAACUUUGUUAAUUUUUGUUAUGGGAUUUUAUUGUUUCUUAUUUGAUUAUUUUAUUUGUUGACUUCUUAUUUUUAUUUUAUUCUUAUUUGAUGGUUUCUCACUUUGAGGAACAAGGAUUAGUAAGGUUACCGAGCGGCCUUUUUUUCGGGGAUUUUCCGAGUUCGAUCCCCACAUGUAACCUUAAAACUUUGUUUUCACUUCUUUCCUUUCCGUGUAGCUUUUAAAAAUACUCGUAGAAUGGGGGCGACCUGCACCUAUUCUAAACAAGGUUUUUGAUUGGCUGGGAAAACAAUAGGAAUGGUGACAUAACAAUGCCCCUAUUCCUGAAAACAAUAGGUACUGAAGGUUAUAGGGACCAAUCAAAUAGGAAGUUUGGAUGGGUGCAGGUCAGUCGUAAAAUGGAGCACUGAUAGAGAGACGGGGGGGAGGGGGGGAGGGUAAAAGGAGUGACCAGUCGGCCCCAUGUGUGUCAGUCUAAUGAGUACUGUGACGAGUUACGGACGUAACGUUGGGUUUACCCUUUUUUCUUUUCCUUUUUACUCACUAAGAUGUAUUUUGUUUUCUUCUUUAGCGUCGAACUGGGGGCAAAACAUUCGCCUCUCAGAGUAAGUCACCUAAUAUUUUACCCCGUGGCUUCGUCAUUCGCCGUUUCCCCUCCUCAACAGAAACCCCAGCUACACCAGCUUGAUCUAACUGGAAGUCGGAGUUUGUCUGUUUAGCGUUAGUUUUCAUGCCUAGCCCGAGGCGAUAAUUUUGCAAGAAUCCAUCUGUCCAGUUUCCCAAGUGGACAUGCGGUAUUAUUGUUUUGCGUUUCAGAUCAAGUCUUCUAGAUAAUGGCAAUAUAUUGCUUAUAAUCUCCUUCUCUCCUCCUCCCUCCCGUACAUGUUCCAUGCGUUCAGAUAGUGGAGAGUAGCGCGAAAUGGAGAGUGGAGGGAAAAAACGGAAGUUGAACCUCUCUACCUGCCCAACCCCUCACUGUAUUUUUCCAGCUCACUUUCCUUGUAACUGCCAACUGUUACCCUCUCUAUAAAAUUAAAUUCUCCGAAAUCUCCGCUCGACUUCUACUCGUCGUUCCUUUGCGCCCUCCCCGCUAUAUGAAAGCCCCGAACAGGCUACGCCUAUGUAAUCUCAGGCAGAGGAGACUUACCGUCGAGAUGUUCCCUUAGAUAACAACAUUGUAGACCCUGAGAUGCUUGAUGAUGAUGAUGAUAAACUUUAUUCAUGUGUCGAUGUAUUUAGCUGAGGCUAAUUGGUGACACAACGUAAAGAUAAAAUAAAUGAUGAAUAAUAUGAUAAAUAAAAGAUAAGAAAUAAAAAAGCUAUAAAAAAAAGCUAUAGUAUAAUCCUAUAUAUAUUACAUAUACAUUUACAAUAUGCUAAAAUAAUCAAAACAAUUCUAGGAACACGGGCACAACUUAAGAGGUACAAAUUUAUUUGCUUGGUGAGGUUGAGAAACAUUUACGAGUACAUGUACAAGUGCCAUCAGUUCCUUUGGGGUUUGCGUUGUUUGCACUGGAACGUGACAGGAAGCUGUGAGGCAGUAUGUGUGCAGUGGGCUUUUUUAAGCGCUAUUUAGAGGUUAUUAAAUCCAAUUCGUGGUAAAAUUUGUGAUGAUCUUCUUUUUCGUAGCGGCGAAUGUUUGGUGUGCUCACUUAAGCUGUGUGAACAAAUCUCGACAAGCAAUCAAGGACUGUUGAUGUUUGAGUGCGGUAAGUAA